UACACGGGCCAGGUACUUUCCUUUCAGGGUCCAUCGAUCUCUAUCUUGAACACAGGGUUGACUGGCGGUGGGUGUCAGUUGCUAUAUUUAACGCGGGGCUUGGUUCCCGGUGUCUGUGUAGUCACAAACACAGUCGGGACGCUAGGAGAAGCGUACCUUUUUCUCAAAGGUAUGGUCUCCGCCAGCGAGCGUGUGUGAGUGAGUGACGAAAUGAAGGAGCUGACAGAGGGAAGGGGUCCGGGAGGAGGAUUGGGGGAGAGCCGGGAGAUCAUGACUCCGCCGGACGUCCCGAUGACGACCGAGCACCGCGCGCAGCUCCGCCGGCACUACCCGACCCUACUGGACAACAUGAACACCAAGUACGUGCUCCCUGUUCUCGUCUCGUUCGGAGUCCUCACUCCUGCUAUGGAGGACGACAUCCUGCACGCCGGCUCCGGGACGAGGAGAGACAUCGCUCGGGAGCUGUUAGAGAUGUUGCCGACCAUGGGAGACAGGGCAUUCGCUGCCCUGUGCCUCGGUCUACGCCAAGGCUGCAAGCAGGCCUACCUCGCAGACAUGCUGGAGACCUUGCCUAAGGCUAAGACAACCGCGGCAAAUGCAGAAUCGAGGCUGAAGAACAAGGAUGAAGUAAUAGACAUGGGGCUGGAGAUACAGGUGAAGAAAAAAGAUGAAAUAAUCAAAAGUUUGGAGGCGAAGUUGCGGCACACGUAAGAACAACUCGAGGCCCUGCA